UUUUUCUGUUGUGUUUCUGUUACAUACUCAUCGCCAUCUUGUUGCAAACCCUUUUCUUGUCUGGAAGAUUCGCAGGGGAUCGGGGUGGGGGGUGGUUCGAUUCGGCAUUUUUACUGGGGAGAAGGCAAGGAGAAGGAAACCCCCGGUUUUGUUUUUGUUUUUUUUUAAAGUCUCCAGGAUUUUGGAUCCUCCACUGAAAGGCAACCCAAGCGAUGAGCAUUGAGACACUUUUGGAAGCGGCCAGAUUUCUGGAAUGGCAAGCCCAGCAACAACAGAAAACACGUGAAGAAAAUGAAAAGCACGAAAAGCUCCGCCUAGAAGGAGAACAGGAGCAGAAGAAGGCCAGCGUACAAAGGGUUAACAAUGCCUUUCACCCAGAAGAGCCAAGGAAUGAAAUCCCAGCAGUGCCCGCCUCUCCCCCUGCACCAGCUCCUCCUCCUCCUCUGCCGCCACCCCUAGCACCCCCCAUAUCAGUCAUUCCCAUCCCCGUGGUCACUAGCUCACCUCAGCAAGCAGCCCAAACCACUCUGUCCCCUCCGCUCAUACAACGUCACCAGCCUCUCAUAAGCACUCCCAGCAUCAGCAAGGAAGUGUCAUCUAUUGCACCUGUUAUACAGAGACCAUCCGGCCCACUUCUUCCAGACGUCAAGGCUGCUACGCCCCCUUCAGGUAGCCCCAAGCAGUUACCGCAGUAUGCAGCUCCAGUACUGGCCAUCUCUCAGCAUCAUGUGGUUCAGCAGCCAAUACAGCCCCAGCCUCAACCACACCAACCUCUGCAGCAGCACCAGGCACCGCCUCAGCAGCUCAAUGCUCUUAAGCUGGCCCCGGCAGAAGAUGCCAAACCAAAUGAGCAGAAGAAGAGACCUGGAGGGGUUGGGACCAGGGAAGUACAUAAUAAAUUGGAGAAGAACAGACGUGCACAUUUGAAAGAAUGCUUUGAGACGUUAAAACGCAACAUCCCCAAUGUAGAUGACAAGAAGACCUCAAACCUCAGCGUUCUAAGGAGUGCCUUGCGAUACAUCCAGACUUUAAAGAGAAAGGAGAAGGAAUAUGAACAUGAGAUGGAGCGGCUGGCAAGGGAGAAGAUUGCUACCCAGCAGCGACUGGCCGAACUGAAGAAUGAGUUGAGCCAGUGGAUGGACAUCCUGGAAAUUGACAGGAUUAUUCGACAGACAGUUCAGCCAGAGGAUGACCAAGCAUCUACCUCGACUGCAUCAGAGGGCGAAGACAACAUUGACGAAGACAUGGAAGACGACAGGCCCGUGAACUCAUUACCAAAACUAAUCCAGCGCCAGCACCCUGAGCUACUGAAAGUUGUCCCUCCGAAUGCUGCUUCCCACCACCCGGCAGUCUUGCCUCAGCACCUGCCUCUGCAUCAGAAACAAACCCCACCCCACGCACCGCCGCCCCUCCAGACCCAGGCACUGGUCCAGCCGCAGGCGAUCGUCCCCGCACAGACUCACAUCGUGGCGGCUUCGACGGUGCAAUCGACUGUUAUCGCCCACACCGCCACCACCCACGCGUCGGUCAUCCAGACUGUCAACCACGUGAUUCAGGGUCCGCAGACCAAGCACAUCGCUCACAUAGCACCUUCCACGUCCAGCCCCGUGCAACUCACCACUGCUGCUCAGCCUAUCGGCCACAUCACUGUGCACCCGGCAACCAUAAAUCACAUGACCCACCUCGGCCAGCAGUUACCCAUUUAUCCUCAGCCUGUGGCCGUCAGCCAACCGGUUGUGAGCCACAUCGCUCACACGAUUUCUCACCAGCAAGUGAAUGGAACCACAAACCUAGGCCAGCAAGCAGUGAUGACCAAACCUGCUGUAGGAACCCAAGUUGUCCACCAUCAACAGUUAGUUGGGCAAACAGUGCUCAACCCGGUAACUAUGGUCACCAUGCCAUCAUUCCCUGUGAGCACGCUGAAACUGGCCUAGUGUGGAAGCUCGCUGGCAAAGUCUUUGGCAGGCCACCUUUCCUGAAACUCCAUACAUUCCAACCAUGUCCGAUUCCAAGGGAGAAAAGUGCAGGAACUCUGUGAACAGGAGAAGAGUUGGGACUGCCAAGUCCAUCCUUAAUCUUUUAGUAACCAACCUGGAAGUGGUAAUGAGAAACGGGGGCUUCUCUGCACUUGAAUUUCGCUAAUCAGAGAAAACUUUAAUGAAAGUUGUUCAUAGUGAUUUUUUUUCCUUUUACGUGUAAUCAGUGAAAUAUGAAUAUGAUGUUCUUAAGACUUUAAUUUUUCCCUUUCAUGUGUUGCUUCUUUGUAGAAUAAAAAAGGCUGAUCUCUUUAUUGAGACAUUGCGUAGAAUGGGAAAAAAAUCAUAGAAGUCUAUAUUUAUAUGUAUAUGUAUCUGCCCAAAGCUACAUAUAUAUAAAUAAAUAUAACAGUGGAGAAGGCCUUUGACAAGGUUGAUUGUUUUCAGGGUUAUUAGACAACUUAAAUGUUAAUUUUUGGAGGAAGAAAGCAGAGUGUCCUCUUUUAAAAAAAGAAACUCUAAAGACAGAUGGUUUAGUGGACCAGGGUACAAAUAUUUGAUGACAAAUUUAAAAAAAAAAUGUUAAAGGUAUUUCCCUUCAGUAUAUUACAUUUCAGUAACCAUCUGAAAUCACUGUGACUUGUUAUGGCAUUUAAAGGAAAUUCUCUGUCCUGUUUAAUAAAAGGAAAACGAAUACACAACCGGA